AUGUCCCUCAUCCAACACGUCUCCUCAGCCGAAGGAGUCGAUCAAGAGCCCGAUACCGCCAGCCUUCGCCUCUCCCGUCAACCGAGCCUCUCCAUCACCUAUGACCCCACCCCCGGCGGCGCUCCACCACCGGAGAGACUCGAGCCGCUCGCUGCCUAUGAAGUAUCGCAAAGCAGGCGUAUAGCGCAGGUGGUGGUCGGCGUCCUCUCCUGUGUCUUGGCAUCAGGCAUUGUCUUUGGGUUCGAUGCUCUCAAGUCCAUCCUCGUGGAUGAAGAAGUCUAUCGCGAUCUAUGCACCGAGAAGGAACUCCGAGAUGAUGUGUGGCUUUGCUACAUGCAGGAUCAGAGACUCAACCUUACAUUCGUCAUCGCCUCCGUCACCACCAACAUCUCCGCGCUCCUCGUCGGCAGCAUCCUUGACCGUUACGGUCCGCGAGUCUGUGGCUUCGUCAGCUCUGUACUCCUCGGCCUAGGAAGUAUCUUCAUGGCCUUUGCUCGGUCUUUAUCUUUCGACGCCCUCUCUGUCGGAAGUUUCCUUCUCGCUCUCGGCGGCACAUUCACCUUCGUGCCCUCCUUCCACCUAUCCAAUGCCUUCCCUCGCUUCCAAGGCCUCAUUCUCGCCCUCGUCACCGGCGCCUUCGACGCCUCCGCCUCUGUCUUCCUCCUCUUCCGCCUUUUGUAUCAGGCCACCAAUGGCACUUUCACCCUCCAAAGGAUCUUCCUCUUCUACCUCUUCGUGCCCCUUUUUAUCCUUCUCACCCAACUGUUCGUCAUGCCGGCCAAGAGCUACUCGACGCGCGGCGAACUCACGACUCAAAGGGGCCUGGCACAGGACGCCACGACUGACGUCCACGAUAGUGACGACGAACUUGACACCGCCAUGGAGAUUAUGCGUGUGCGCUCCGUCCGUGCCGACCAGCGUGGCCGCUCCAUUGCCUCUAUUGACGAUCUGCUGGGGACGCCUGCCCAACAGUCAGCCUAUGAUCAAAAGGAAGACGACAAGCGCAUUAACAGCGGGGUCUGGGGCGCGUUGCAUGGCCUGCCUGCCUCGAAACAGCUACGGACCCCCUGGUUCGUGCUCAUUACCUUGUUCACGAUCCUGCAGAUGUGUCGGUUCAAUUUCUUCAUGGCGACAAUCUUCAGCCAGUACGAAUACAUGCUGAACAGUGAGAAGGAGGCGUUGAAAGUGAUCGAAUAUUUCGAUCUGGCGUUGCCGAUUGGUGGCAUCGCAACCGUGCCGUUUAUUGGAGUCUUGUUGGAUUAUAUGUCGACGGUGGCCGUGUUGAAUCUGCUGGUUUUGCUCAGUACCAUUAUCGGUGUGCUUGGGGCAGUGCCGAUGAUUUGGGCUGCGUAUGCGAAUGUGACGCUGUUUGUGCUGUUUCGACCGCUUUAUUACUCUGCUAUGUCAGACUACACAGCCAAAGUCUUCGGACACGCAACAUUUGGCACUGUCUAUGGAGCUAUCAUCUGUCUUUCCGGCCUAUUCACAUUCUCCCAGUCCGGGCUACAAGCUAUCCUCCACGACAUGUUCGACGACGACCCGGAGCCGAUGAACUUGGGCCUUGCGACAGCUGGCCUGAUUCUGGGUAUGGCGCUGGUCAUGUAUGUUGACAUCAAGGGAAGAGCAAUGCAGCGUGACCGUGACCGUGCUGGACCUGGCGCGGGUUUCAGUACUGAUGUCGGAGUUGAAGAGAGACGAGGCUUACUUUCUUCUCGCGAUAGGGAAAGGGACUGGUCAAGACAGGGAUAUGGUCAGGGUCUGAAUCAGAGUCUCAACGGCAGUGCAGGAGGCGGUACCAGUCAUGAAGACCCGGAAAGACGUGCUCUCCUGCCCAGAUCGAGUAGGCAGACGUUGGGCUUGUCGACGGUGCAGGAAACGAGGGAGUAUACUUAA